AUGGAGGCGGGUUUGGAGGAGGACCUGGCCGUGGUGGCGGUUUCGGAGGUGGAGGAUCUGAAUAAUCCAAACGCCGACUACAACGCCAUCGGCGAUUACGAUCUAAAUCCAAGUGUUGGAAAUCCUGGAGGCCGUCCUCGUGGCAACCUGGCGGCGCAUCUAGUGCCGCUUUAUCGACAUUUUAACGAGCAAACCCGGCACCAUUUCGUGCACUCUAACCUGGACGUGAUGCAUCGACAGUCGGGCCAAAAGGGUCGGCCCUAUCAGUGGACCCAUCACAUCAUCGGGAUGCAGGAGUAUAAUCGGAACCGAGCCCAAAUCAACCGACUCUGCCCUUCACUGGUGCAGCUUCAAAGCCUACGCAAAGGCAGUGGUGCCCAGAUGAUGGUUUCGAAUCCGGCACAGCAUCGUGCCGGAAGGGCCAAUGGAUGGACCGACACCGCACCGGCCGGGAUGUGCUCAAGGACCAGGGCUUGCGGCGCUACUCUACCACUGGUGGCCGCAAGGAGAACUAACCUGUCGCAAGACUUCAUCCACUUUGUCGGCCGCGCCCAAAUGGACGGCUACAUCCGUACGCACAACAACUAUCCGAUCAACGAGCAGACGGGCGGCAAAACCCAAAUUUACCAAUCAGCACCGGGUUGGCAUACGGUUGGAACAGUGGUGGCUGUGUAUGUGAACACCGUGGGCCAGGCACGUAUCGCAUACGGUAAC